AUGUAUGCUGUAGUAGGCGAAGAGAGGAUCCCGGAUCAGCACGGUGUCAUUUUCUGCUGCGGCGCAAACCACGAAUGGGUGAAUCGAGGUAAGGAUGUUGCUCGAGUCUUUGAGUUGGCUAUCCCUAACAAGAAGAUUGUGAUAGAAGAUGGGAAGAUAUUAGAUAAAGCAUCUGCGAGUGGCAUCUAUAGUCCCAAAUAA